GACUGAGCUGCUGAACCAACAUGACCCUGACCAGGAUCUUGAUUACCACAAUCCUUGUGAUUUAUACUGAAGCAGUAACCAGACCAGGUGUGGCACCUCUGGUCCAACUAAACGAUGGAAAGCAGAUACCAAGUCUCGGACUAGGCACUUGGCUUGGUUUUAGUAAAGAAGGUGGACUGCUGCCGGUGGUAGAUGACUCGGUGCAGCGCGCUGUGGAGGCUGCCAUCGAUGCCGGGUACAGGCAUAUUGACACCGCCGCCAUUUACGAGACUGAGAAACAGGUGGGGACUGCGAUACAGAAUAAAAUUGCAGAGGGCGUCGUGGCGAGGGAGGACCUCUUUAUUACCUCCAAGCUGUGGAACGACCGGCACGCCCAGAAGGAUGUUGUACCGGCCCUGAAAGAGUCCCUGGCGAGAUUGAACCUGACUUAUUUAGACCUGUUCCUGAUACACUGGCCCAUAGCACAGUUUGCGAACGGUACAUACGAUGAGACAGACUACGUGGAAACCUGGAAGGGUAUGAUAGAGGCCCAGGUCCUGGGACUGGCCCGCUCCAUCGGAGUGUCCAACUUCAAUGCCCAGCAGCUCGACCGACUCAUCACCAUGACUCCUGUCAAACCUGCUGUGCUGCAGGUGGAGGUGAACUUGAACUUGCAACAGCCGGAGCUGAUCAAAUUCUGCAAGGAGCAGGGUAUCGUGGUGGUCGCAUACACGCCAUUCGGUUCCCUGUUCCACAGCAAGGCGGCCCCCGACGCCCCCCCUCCUAGGACGGAUGACCAGACCCUGCUGAAGAUAGCUGACAAGUACCACAAGACUGUCGCACAAGUCAACUUGAGAUAUCUUAUCGAGCUAGGAGUCAUUCCAAUCCCGAAGUCAGUAACGCCGAAACGUAUUGGAGAAAACAUAGAAAUCUUCGAUUUCCAGCUGACGCAACAUGAGAAGGAUCUGAUGAAAGCGUUUGAUAGGAACUACAGGACCAUAGCCGUGCCAAUGUGGAUGGACUCACCGUACUACCCAUUCCACAAGAAAUAAAAAUAAAUCUAUCAUUAAUCU